AUGGGGCUUUUGAGAGAGAGGAGUAAACAGAAAGCAUUUGUUUAUCAUCAUUUUGCUUCAGAUGGUGGCAAUAUGCAAUCCAAAAUGGCUCUUGCUUAUACCUACACUCGUCAAGAUAUGUUUGAUAAAUCGGUUAAGCUUUAUGCUGAAUUAGCAGAAGUGGCUGUCAAUGGUUUUCUCAUUUCCAAAGAUUCUCCCGUCAUUGAACCUAUUAGGCUACACAAUGGAGCUGAAGAGAACAAAGAGGCACUUAGAAAAUCUAAAGGGGAAGAGGAUGAGGAUUUUCAGAUUCUCGAGUAUCAGGCACAGAAAGGGAAUGCUGCUGCUAUGUACAAAGUGGGACUCUUUUACUACUUUGGGCUACGUGGAUUGAGGCGUGACCAUUCUAAGGCACUUUCGUGGUUCUUGAAGGCAGUGGAGAAGGGAGAGCCUCGCUCCAUGGAGCUUCUCGGAGAGAUAUAUGCCAGGGGAGCCGGUGUUGAGAGGAACUAUACAAAAGCCUUUGAAUGGCUUACUCUAGCAUCUAAGCAUCACCUCUACUCUGCUUAUAAUGGGAUUGGUUAUUUGUAUGUCAAAGGCUAUGGAGUCGACAGCAAAAAUUACACUAAAGCAAAAGAGUAUUUUGAAAAGGCUGCUGAAAAUGACGAGGUUGGUGGCCAUUAUAACCUAGGUGUCAUGUUUCUCAAGGGGAUUGGAGUGAAAAGAGAUGUGCGGUUGGCAUGUGCUAAUGAAAAACUGUUGAUUAAUUUAGGGGAAGGGAUUGGUGCAAGUAAACUAGUAACCAUGUCAGACAUCGAAUUGGAGCAAGGUCAACUUGAUAAUAAGGAAAAGCCCAAAAGGAUACCUCUAACGCGUUUGGCCAAGUUGAACAAGCCUGAAGUUCCUGUCAUACUGCUUGGAAGCAUUGCUGCAAUAAUACAUGGUGUCGUGUUCCCUAUAUUUGGCCUGUUGUUUUCAUCAGUCAUUAGUAUGUUUUUUAAACCUCCAGACCAGCAGAGGAAAGAGUCCAGGCUAUGGUCACUUCUAUAUGUAGGUUUGGGUUUCGUUACUCUAGUGGUUUUACCACUGCAGAAUUACUUCUUUGGGAUUGCUGGUGAAAAACUUAUUGAAAGAGUUCGUUCAUUGACAUUUGAAAAGAUUGUGCACCAAGAAAUUAGAUGGUUUGACAAUCCUGCAAAUUCAAGUGGUGCAGUAGGUGCAAGGCUAUCUACCGACGCUUCAACUGUGAAAAGUCUUGUUGGUUUCUCUUUUUUAGCUCUAUAUUGCACAAAUGCUUUCACUUUCUACAUAGGAUCUAUUUUAGUGCAACACGGGAAAGCAACGUUUCAAGAGGUUUUCAGGGUUUUCUUUUGUUUAACAAUGACAGCAAUCUCCGUUUCACAGUCUAGUGCUUUGGCACCAGACGCUAACAAGGCGAAAGAUUCCACAGCUUCAAUAUUUGAAAUUCUUGACAGCAAACUUGAUAUUGAUUCCAGCAGCAAAGAGGGUGUAAUGCAAGAAACGGUAGUUGGUAAACCUAAGCUGUCAAAAGCUGUGCAAUAUUCCUCAGAGAUAAGAAAGCUAAAGUUAGAACUAAAGCAAGAACGUGAUCAGUUGGCCGAUAUUCAACUAAAUUUUCGUGAGGAACAGGAAUCAAACAACUCUUUCCGGGAGGAGCUUAAAAUGUUAAAGUUGGAAAGAGAAAAAGUGAGUUCAUAUUUUUGUAGAUAUGUUAAUUUAUAUGUCAUAGCUGCAACAUUACAUGAUUCCAAACGUAAAAGAGCUAAUUGGGAUAAAGCAAUAGGUGCACAUAUGAAAUGA